GUCUGAGAAGGGAGAAAGGGGCGCCCACGCCCCAGUCAGGGAAACCCUCACACCCGCAAGCAUCGCCUGUGCCCUGGCCCGGCCUAGGACUCAGUCCCCUGCCUGUAUUCGGGGUGGAGGGAGCGUACACAGCACCCAGGAACUGGCAGCGUCAGGACAAAGGUGGAAGGUCAAAGGGCACGGGUGCUGCAAACAUGACCCGCCUGGCUGCACGGCGCUCUCUGCUCGCGGCUGUCCUCGGUGUCUCCUGGCAGCAGCGACUUCUCGGUCACCAUGUUGUCCCGGCUGCAUGGAGACGCCAGUGUUUCAGUGCCGGAAGCAAAGCAGAAGACAGCGCUCAGGUUACUCCACUCCUAAAGCAUCUCAUGUUCAAAAUAAAGUCAACUGGCCCUAUUACAGUCGCUGAAUAUAUGCGGGAAGUGCUAACUAAUCCUGUGAAGGGUUACUAUAUGCACCAUGACAUGCUGGGAGAAAGAGGAGAUUUUGUUACUUCACCUGAAAUAAGUCAAAUCUUUGGGGAGUUAAUAGGAAUAUGGUACGUUAGUGAAUGGAUGGCCACUGGCAAACCUAAAACUCUCCAACUGGUGGAACUAGGCCCAGGUAGAGGCACUCUUACAGAUGAUAUUUUGCGGGUCUUUAACCAGCUUGGCUCUUUACUCAAUAAAUGUGACAUUUCUGUUCAUCUGGUAGAGGUGAGCCCCAAACUAAGUGAGAUCCAAGCGUUGACGCUCACAGGAGGGAAGAUAGAAUCAGAGCUUGAUGUUACUUCCCCUGUCUACAUGAAAGGCAUUAGCAAGGCUGGAAUUCCAAUCUUCUGGUACCGAGAGCUGCAAGAUGUACCACAAGGUACCAGCUUUUAUUUAGCACAUGAAUUUUUUGAUGCCUUGCCAAUACAUAAAUUUCAGAGAACAGAACAAGGAUGGCGUGAAGUGUUGAUUGAUAUAGAUCCAAAAGCUCCUGACCAACUGCGGUUUGUUCUGGCACCAUCUGCCACGCCUGCUACAGAAUACUUCAUCCAGGGUAAAGAAGUAAGAGAUCACGUGGAAGUAUGUCCUGAUGCUGGCAUCCUCAUUCAGAGACUUGCCUGUCGUAUUCAAGAGGAUGGGGGAGCUGCACUGAUUGCUGAUUAUGGUCACACUGGAAAUAAGACUGACACUUUCAGGAGUUUCCGCAGUCAUCAACUUCAUGAUGCAUUAAUAGCUCCAGGUACAGCAGACCUGACAGCAGAUGUUGACUUCAGCUAUCUCCGAACCAUGACACAGGGAAGAGUAGCCACAUUGGGACCUCUAAAGCAACAGGAAUUCUUAAAGAAUAUGGGUAUUGAUGUCCGGCUGCAGGUGCUAUUGCAAAAUUCAAGUGACACAGCAAUGCACAAACACUUGCUUCAAGGCUAUGAUAUGUUAAUGAAUCCUAAGAAAAUGGGAGACCGCUUUCAUUUUUUUGCCCUGCUGCCUCAUCAGAGACUUGCACGUUCUGAUCAGAAAGUGAAUCUACAACACUCAAAAUCUCUUUCCGCACCUGUUGCUGGAUUUGGUGAACUUAUCUGGAAAUAAAGCCAAAGAUUAGACACUGUAUAAUUGAUGGGAGCCUGCCAGUAACUAUUAAAGUCACAACAAAGAAAAUGAA